CCAGUCUCCACAAACAUCAAAAAGAAAUCUAGCCGGAAAAGACACAGCUGAACCAAUGCCAGCCGGAGAAUGUCGUCAGUCCUCGCCAGAGUCCGAAUCCAGCGAAGAGGAGGCUUGGUUGUGGGGCCAGAUUAAGGCCGAGGCUCGGAGCGACGCUGAGGCUGAGCCGGCUUUGGCCAGUUACUUAUACUCCACAAUCCUCUCUCACUCUUCACUGGAGCGUUCUCUCUCUUUCCACCUGGGCAACAAGUUGUGCUCCUCCACGCUUUUAUCGACGCUUCUAUACGACCUCUUCCUCAAUUCCUUCUCCACCGAUGCAAACCUCCGUUCCGCCACCGUCGCCGACUUGCGCGCCACCCGCUAUCGUGAUCCUGCAUGCAUAUCUUUUUCUCACUGCCUUCUUAAUUACAAGGGUUUCCUCGCUUGCCAGGCCCAUCGAGUGGCUCACAAACUCUGGACUCAAUCUCGGAGGCCUCUUGCACUUGCGCUACAAUCUCGCAUCGCCGAUGUCUUUGCCGUCGAUAUCCACCCAGCUGCGAAAAUUGGUAAAGGCAUCCUUUUCGAUCAUGCAACUGGAGUGGUGGUAGGCGAGACUGCUGUAAUUGGAAACAAUGUUUCAAUCCUCCACCAUGUGACUUUAGGCGGAACUGGCAAAGUUUGCGGUGAUCGGCACCCCAAAAUUGAUGAUGGAGUGUUAAUUGGUGCCGGAGCAACAAUACUAGGCAAUAUUAAGAUUGGCGAAGGUGCGAAGAUUGGUGCGGGGUCAGUGGUUUUGAUAGAUGUCCCACCAAGGACCACAGCAGUGGGAAAUCCGGCUAGGUUGGUCGGCGGGAGAGAACAGCCGACAAAGCACGAGGAAAUUCCCGGAGAGUCGAUGGAUCAUACUUCAUUUAUUUCUGAAUGGUCGGAUUAUAUCAUAUGAUUGUAUCUUACUUUAUUAGCGUAUUAGCAGCAAAUGCCGUUUUCUAUUUUCAGCAUUAUAACCAGUUUUUGUGGCUGGAGUUUGAGUACCAUUGACGUGUUUUCAAAAUUUUUAAGCAUUUUGUGGUUUGAUUGCAGAAUUUUGCGCAUCCUGAGGAUCUUGAAUAUAGUGGUAAAUAAACAGGGUUUCUUUGGGUAA